ACGGCUUCAGAUAGAUGCUAUCAGAGCGGUGCUUUGGUCUUGGCUGGAUUUUAUCCUCCCAAUUCAGAUCAAAUUUGGAAUGAUGAAUUGUUAUGGCAACCUAUAUCGAUCCAUUCACCAUCUCCGGAUAAAGUGCAUAUAAAAUUUGGCGACAAGAAAGAAUGCCCUCGUUAUCAUGAAGAAUAUGAGAAAGCUUUACACAUAAUUAUGAGAAAUGGAAGUGAUACCAAAGUUAACCACGAUUUUCUGAUGAAUUUUUUAGCGAAUUUCAGUCACUCAGACAACAUCACGAGUUUUUCGGAUUUAGUUUUAGUUGGAGAUUACAUGAAGAUUAAAAAAUCUUCCAACCUGAAACUACCAAAUUGGGCUAGUGACGAUUUUCUUGACAAAUUGAAUCGAUUUCAUCUUGAUGGAUUGAAUAGUGUGAUCUAUAACCCUGAACUACGGGAGAUGAUAGUAGGACCACUAAUUAAAGAUAUACUUGAUCGAAUACAAGAUGUAAUGGAUGAUUACUCAAAUAACAGUAAAUUUUAUUUUUACGCUGGGCAUGAUCUAUCCCUCAUGGCUUUGUUUGAGCAUUUCAAUAUGAAGAACGAUUUUGUGCCAACGUAUGAAUCGUCUUUCAUUUUUGAAGUAUAUCGAUCAUUCAACGGUACUUAUUCGAUUAGAAGUUUAUUCAGUGACGAUUAUUCAUUGGAGCAUAUUAAUGUGAAAGUUUUACAGAACUGCGAAAUAUUUUGUUCGGCGAGUAAAUUCUUUCAAAUAUUCGAAAAAUAUCUCACGUUGGAUUGGAAAAAAAUCUGUAAUUUGUGAUAAUGGUUUUUGUAUGUAGGCAAUUAUCUAUGCACAUUUACUUUUACUUAUUGUUAGGUAUACUCAGGGAAAUUUGUUUCGCAUAACUUGAAAUAGUUUUUACACUUGUUCCUUUGCAGGAAAUUUCAAUUAAUUUUGUGCAAAGAGGCAUAUUCUGGUAAUCCAAGUACUUAGAUUGAUUCAAUUUAUUCGCUCGUAUCGACGCCUAUAUCUAGUGCGCUGCAGGGAAUUAUAAAGUUUCAGUUUGAAUUAAUUUUCAUUUCUUUAAAAAUGGGAAAUAUUUAGUAACGGUAGUUUAGGUGGUAAGCACAGCAUUUUUCAAUCAUUGAAAAAGGAGUUGGCCCGAUAAUUUUCAUUGAUAAACACGAUAUUUUUCAUUGACAAAAGAAAACGCUGGCACACAGUGGGACAGAUUCAUUUUUUAGGGUGUCAAAAAUCAUAUUUCAGAAAUGAAUGCAAAUUUUGACGCCAAUCUUUUUGAUACACGGGUAUUUUGAGGCGCUGAAUUCAUUUUUAUCGUUAUUUUGUUUCGAACCUCAAAUGGGGGCCCCAGGAGGGAGGGGGGUGCAAAGGGGUAAAUAUUUUGAAAAGGUCGAGUAGGGUAUUGUACUUUUUGUCAUUCAUUUAUCCUUAUUUAUCGUGGACAUCACUUGUUUAUCGUUCAUUCGGUCAAAAACUUCUAGUGGAAGUUGUUUAUUUUUUAUUGUUCUUACUAUCAUAAUAUAUCGUACCUAGUAUAUCGUGGAUACCACCUAAUUGUGAAAUACACUUAAUUUUUAUCGUGCAAUCCUCUUUUUCAUCGUGAAUACUUGUUUACCGUGAUAACCCACUACUGUUAUCGUCACGUGCUAACCCCCUUUUUUAAAGUAACGAUAAAUUGCACCCUUUAAAAAUUAAUAUUAAGUAUGGUCUAUCAUUGGUAAUUUUUUUUUUCAUUUUUAAAAAUAUUUUCAAAUUUUAUUUCAUCAGGUUAGGUAAUAAAAAAAUUAUUUGUAAUUUGCAUAUCACCUAUAAAUUUUUUAUGCAUCACGAUUCCCGAAUACCUACAUAUAAUAAUUCAAGGUUAUUUCAGUUGCUUUUCCUGUACAACAACCUGCAGAUAACCAGUAUCAUAUGUAGCAGGUAGCUGCAAAGUUGGAAACAGCAAACCAUUCAUAAUUUUACAUUUUACUCUUAUUGGGUACCUAUAUGUAUGAUUAAUUGAUUAGAUAUGUACCUAUACCUACAUAUAAUAUAUUUUAGUAUAGAAUAUAGGCAUUAUGCAUACCUACUCGUAUAUAAGUAAAUACCUUGGUGCUUGAAUAUAAAUUGUGGGUUGAAAAUUCUGUUCCUAAUAAAAGUUACGUAAUAUUAUUCAUGUAUAGAGUCAUGUUCUUCUACACUUAACGAACUGGAAUAAGUACUAAAUUGAAUAAAGUAAUAGAUUUGGUUGAUUAAAUUAAUGUUGGCAAAUUUUGACGACAUCAAUUUUAUGUACGAAAUGUUCUUUCAUCUUCCUACCAUCACGUCCUGUACUCCAAAGCUCUACCGCCAAUUGAUCAAAAGUUGCAAAAAGUACAACUUUGAACUUUUACAACUGGUUUAUUUCAGCACGUGAUUUGCAUAACGGGAGGUUGUAUACAUUAAAGUCAUUGCAUUCAUUUGAACUAUUAACUAAUCAAUUUUAAAGAGUAAAUUGCGGACCGAUGAAACUGCCUGAAACGCCGAAGUGGAUCACCUUGGGUUGAUAAUGUUCUAGCUUAUACCUAGUAUACCUACCUAUCUAGUGCUAGAAUGAAAUCCGUGAAGUGUCAAGAUGAGUUGUAUCUCAUUCAUUGAUGCGAAACGAUGCAUGGAAUAAAAUUUUCCAAUCAGAAAUGUCAAAAUCUCGGUAUUUUAUCAUUUGCCUCUACAUUUUGGUAUGUUGUGAACUAAAACCGAAUCAUCAAGCCUCAGAAUCGUCUAUUGGAAAUUUAAAGUUGGUGAAAGCUAUAGUGCUUUUUCGACAUGGUAUGAGAGCUCCUUUACGAAAGUUUAAAUUUGAUCCGUAUGCUGAAUUUGAUCGUAAUUUGUGGCCUGAAGGAUUCGGCGAAUUAGUCAAAGAAGGUAAAGAUCAAAUGUAUCAGCUCGGAAAACGUUUAUGCGAACGAUACGAGCACUUACUGGUACCAGAUAGAAAUGCAGUAUCGAAAGAUGUACAAAUGGUUACCACAGCUGUAGAUAGAUGUUAUCAUAGCGGUGCUUUUGUCCUCUCGGGAUUUUAUCCUCAAGAUCAAGAACAAAUUCGAAACGAAGAUUUCCUACGACAACCCAUAUCAAUAUCGAUACGAUCCCAUUCUGCGGAUAAAGUGCACAUAAUCGGUGAAAAAGAAAAGUGCCCCAGAUAUCACGAGGAAUUAAUGGAAGUCUACGAGAUAACGAAAAAUGACACCAAUUUUAACUACUUGAUCAAUUUUUUGUCAAAUUUCACUCAUUCGGAUGACAUUAAGUCUGCUUAUGACGUAUUUCAUGUCGGUGACUAUAUUCGUACAAAGAAAUUAAUGAAUUUGAAGUUACCAGAUUGGAUUAGUGAUGAUUUUUUGCACAGGCUGGAUCAAUUCUACGUUGACAGUUCUAAUUCUUUGACCUAUAAUGCGAAAAUGCGGCACUUGUUAGCUGGACCUCUAAUUAAUGACAUAAGUAAUCGUAUUCAAGAUGCUAUUUAUAAUAGACCAAACAACAGUAAAUUUUUUUUCUAUUCUGGACACGAUGCUUCACUCGCUUCGUUAUUCGCUGGUUUGAAUAUGGAGACUGAUUUUGUACCUACGUACGGAGCUUCUUUUAUAUUUGAAGUCUAUCGAUCAUCUCCCAAUAAUUAUUUGAUUAAAAUUUUAUUCAGUCAUGAUUAUACAUUGAAUCAUAUCAACGUGAAGAUUUUACCGGAUUGCGAAGAAUAUUGUCCUAUGGGUAAAUUUGUGCAGUUAAUUGAAAAAUAUAUCACGCAGGAUUGGGAAGUAGAGUGUAACUUGUGAUAUAUCUAAGAACAUAUCUAUCUUUGAAUCAAUUCAUAAUUUUCCUUGUAAUACUAGACAGAUGUUGAAUCCAAUGGUUGCUUCAAAAUUGUCGAUUUAGAUUUGGCAUUUUAGAUAGCUGAUUUGAGGCCUAAUUGAAUUGAAUUAUGGCAGGAGUUUUAUAUGAAAAAUCAUCUGUAUAGGCCUACCUAACGAAGUGACAAAAAAUAUCUGACCAUGAAAGUUCACAAAACAAAACGAAGGUCAUUUUCUAUAGGUAUAGGCAUAGGUACCUACAAAUUUGGAGAUGUGAUUUUUAAAAAAAAGGCGAUAAGUAUGAUCAUUAUAACAAAAAUAAUUUUUUUUCAAUUUUUUUUUUGAUUUUCGAUGUAAAUUAAUUAAUUAUAAGAAGGAGGGUCAUUAUGGCCAUUUUUGUGCCCCUCGCUACUUCGAGACUUGAAUGGCCUUUUCUUAUAGGGGAUGGUCCCUAUUAUUAAUAUCGGGUGAUAUUUUCCCAGGGAAACCCAUAGGGGGGCUGUGGGGUGGCCCCAAAGUCGAAAAUGUCAAAAAAUUUUAGAACCACUGCUCGAAAAUGUAAAAAAUUAAAAGUAGCGAAUAUAUGUUGCUUUAAGGGUAAGCAAUGCAGCACGUAACGCUUUUUUCAUUUUUGACCUUUUUGAGGGUUGUGGUGGGGGUAUUUCUAUUUUUGAAAAUUUUGGAGCCCCCCUUUUUGACCGUUCCCGUCGAGCCCCGCUAAUGCCCUUUUCAAGGUUUAUUGCUACUAAUAGUAAGUUCAAUUGAUAUCAUUUGCAACCCCCUCGACAACUUGGCUCAUAUCGAAAAAUUCAAUUUUUGACUUUUUUUGAGGUCCACAUUUUGGGAAACCAUGAAAAGCUAUCGAGGUCCGGUUUGCGGCAAAGAUGUUGCAUUUUAUGUACUUCUUAAUCGACUGGCAUGCUUGAAUUUUUAUUUCAAGUCAAUUUUUGACUUCAUCUUUGCAGAUCACUUUCGGGGGUGGCAAACUUUGAGAACCCCUGAAAAAAAUUCUGAAGUCAAUUUUUUCAAACUUCGAGCUGAAAUGGUCUUAAAUAGGUACAUGUGUUUAACCAAUAUAAUAUGCGAAUGCGAUACUUUCAUUCAAUUUAGUCAUUUUGGCAAACCAUGAAAAGGGCAUUAGCGGGGCUCGACGGGAACGGUCAAAAAAGGGGGCUCCAAAAUUUUCAAAAAUAGAAAUACCCCCACCACAACCCCCAAAAAGGUCAAAAAUGAAAAAAGCGUUACGUGCUGCAUUGCUUACCCUUAAAGCAACAUAUAUUCGCUACUUUUAAUUUUUUACAUUUUCGAGCAGUGGUUCUAAAAUUUUUUGAAAUUUUCGACUUUGGGGCCACCCCACAGCCCCCCUAUGGGUUCCCCUGGGAAAAUAUCAUCCCGAUAUUAAUAAUAGGGACCAUCCCCUAUAAGAAAAGGCCAUUCAAGUCUCGAAGUAGCGAGGGGCACGAAAAUGGCCAUAAUGACCCUCCUUCUUUGAAACUCUCAGUAGAAAAGUAAUGAUAAAAGUUGAAGACCUAAAAAUUUUUCCCACUGUCUUCUAAGGUUCUUCCACAACUUUUUCAAAUCUACUCUCCAAUUUUCAAAAAAAAAAAGUCAAAUACGGUCCACUCUAGUAGGUUUGUACCUCGACCUAGCAUAUACUUAUGUAUCUCCUUAUCACCACCAUUCGAUCCAAAAAUUGUGGGUAUUGGGCUGUUGGUGAGAUUUUGUUUGUCUUGAAUUCUUGAUAUUAUAAUUUUGUACAAAUCAUGAGUCCAUGUGUAUCUAUCUACUACAUAUGUACUUGCUGUGAUGUUGUAAAGUAAUAAGUAAUAUUUUGUAGAUAUGUAUGUACUUAUUUGUUUUAUUUUUUUUCAAUUUUUUUGUUUGAAAAUUGAAAUACAAUACAUAUUACUGUUGAAUCAGA